UGGCCAUUGGCGAUGGCUGAGAAUUUUAUGCAAGCAGUUCUAUACGAUUCUUAUGGCGGAGGACCUGCUGCUUUAAAGCAUGGUCGAGUUCCCAUUCCAAGUCCAGAGAAGGACGAAGUUGUAGUAAAAUUAGAGGCAGGCAGUAUUAAUCCAUUCGAUUGGAAAGUUCAGAAAGGGAUGUUAAGGCCACUUCUUCCUCGAAAAUUCCCUUAUAUUCCUGGCACUGAUGUGGCUGGAGAGGUAGUAGCAGUGGGAUCGGAAGUAAAAAAAUUCACAACUGGUGAUAAAGUUUUGGCUUUGCUUAACCCUCUUAAUGGAGGUGGGUUGGCUGAAUUUUCAGCAGUAAAAGAGAGCAUAGCAGCCCACAAACCACCUGAAAUCUCAGCGCCUGAAGCUGCAGGCUUACCGGUCGCCGGUCUAACCGCUCGCCAAGCGCUCACACACCUCGAUGGAUUCACCGGAAGGCAACCAAACAUUCUGAUCACCGCAGCCUCGGGCGGGGUCGGGCAUUACGCCGUUCAACUGGCCAAGCUCCAAAAUGCACAUGUAACAGCAACUUGCGGGGCACGUAACAUGAAGCUCGUCCGAAGCUUAGGAGCCGAUGAGGUUCUCGACUACGCGACCCCCGACGGGGCUGCUCUAAACAGCCCGUCGCAGCGUAAGUACGACAUUGUAGUACACUGUGCAACGGGAAUUCCGUGGUCGAGGUUCGAGCCUAAUUUGAGUCCCACAGGAAAAGUGAUAGACAUUACUCCUAGCUUUGGGACCUUAUUGAGUUGUGCUAUGCAGAAGCUGAGUUUCUCCAAGAAGAAAUUGGUGCCUUUGUUACUAAAUCCUGAAGGAGAGGAUUUGGAAGAUUUGGUUAAGUUAAUGAAAGAAGGAAAACUGAAGACUGUGAUUGACUCCAUGCAUCCAUUGAGUAAGGCCCAAACUGCAUGGGCUAAAAGUAUUGAGGGUCAUGCCACUGGAAAAAUCAUUGUGCAGCCUUAGGCCCUAGUUGACAAGCCAAACUCUGAACCAUAACAUCCAUCUAAUAUUCUAUCAACAAACUCUCUACUGUGCUAUGAAUAAAAUUAUUUUUGUUAAAAUUGAA